CGGAGCACCAUUAGACUGAUCGCGACAGAUGAUUUGAGCCAACAUGGCGUCCGAACGGUAGAGUUUCAUGACAGCUGUACACGCUGCAACGGGCGUAUGUACGAGCAUAAUCACGGGUUUACUAACUCGGACAAGGUAGUGAAAACAUCCAAAGGAUGGCGCGGGUGGUGUUCCUCCAUCCAGACCUUGGUAUUGGUGGAGCAGAGCGACUGGUGGUCGAUGCUGCUGUCGCUCUGAAGUCUAAAGGAUGUAGCGUGCAGAUAUGGACGGCCCAUCACGACCCAACACACUGCUUCUCUGAGACCCUUGACCCAGAGCUGCCUGUGGUAUGUGUGGGUGACUGGCUGCCCACCAGCGUGUUUGGCUACCUGCAUGCCCUCUGUGCCUACCUGAGGAUGAUCUACGUGGCCCUCUACCUGGUCUUUCUCAGCGGGGUGGAGUACGAUGUCGUCUUCUGUGAUCAGGUGUCAGUGUGUAUCCCGGUACUGCGACUGUCCCGUCGCAGGAAGAAGGUUUUGUUUUACUGUCACUUCCCAGACCAGCUGCUGACCCAGAGGAAGUCGGCCCUGAAGAAGCUUUAUCGCGCUCCCAUCGACUGGCUGGAGGAACGCACCACUGGCAUGGCUGAUAUGAUUGUGGUAAACAGCCAGUUCACCGCAGGCAUCUUCAGAGAGACCUUUCGUGGUCUAACAGGAGUCCAGACAGACGUCCUCUAUCCUUCCCUCAACACGGGUACCUUUGACCAGCAGUCCAGUGAAGCACAGGGCCUGGAAGGGCUGCUCCCUGAGGGAACCUCCUGCCUGUUUCUCUCUCUCAACCGAUACGAGAGGAAGAAGAAUCUGGGGCUGGCUCUGGAGGCUCUCGCAGUCCUGAGGAGCAGCCUUCCUCCCGGCCAGAGAGCAGGUAUUCACCUGGUGGUGGCGGGGGGCUACGAUGACCGAGUUACUGAGAAUGUUCAACAUUAUACUGAGCUCAAAGAGCUAGCAGCGCAGAUCCACAUAGAGGACUGUGUCACUUUCCUGCGCUCCCCCUCUGACUCAUUGAAGGUGGCCCUGCUGCGGGGCAGCGCAGCCGUGCUCUACACCCCGAGCAGAGAGCAUUUUGGGAUAGUUCCCGUAGAGGCAAUGUACUGCUGCUGCCCUGUUAUCGCGGUGAACUCCGGGGGCCCCCUGGAGAGCGUGGCAGAUGGGGAGACGGGCUUCCUGUGCGAGCCCACAGCAGACGCCUUCUCUAAGGCCAUGGAGAGGCUCGUGAAGGAACCGCAGCUCCGCAGGGACAUGGGACAAGCUGGGAGGAGGAGGGUACAAGAUAAAUUCUCUCUUCAGGCCUUCUCAGACCAGCUGUAUGGGUACAUUGUCAGGCUAAGCGAGUGAUGUGAAAGCUGGAGGAGGCAGGUGGAAAAAUGACCCUCUACCAAACUGUGGAUUGUCUGUGGACGACUGGGGACCGCAGUGUGUGUGUGCAGGGAGGCAGUGGGGGUGUUAUGAGGACUCAGAGGACAAUCAAUCAGCAUUCCCCUGGAGGGGUUGCUGAGAGGAAAAAAAGGACGGAAUCUCUAUACCAAUUAAGAAAAGAGUAACGAGUUUACAUACCCUAUCUCUGGAAAAAUACCACACCUGCAAGUUUGUAUGUGUGUGUGUAAUAAUGUGUGUGUGUGUGUGUGUGUGUAGCAACGCUGCAACCCAGAGCCUAGCAAAUGAGCGCACCGAAAGGAUUGAUUGUUAGAGUGAAAUGUUUUGCACUGUCUAUUUUUUUUUUCUGUUACUUUGCGACAGUAGUCUUUGUCUUUGUGUGUUUUCGGAAUGAAGAAGAAGAAUGUAGUUACCACCAUGUGCCGGUGCACAGUCGCAGAUCGAUAAACAGGAGGCUUUCCACUACUUCCUGUCCGCCCAGAGCUUUGUUCCCCUCCUCGCAUUCAGAAGAUGCUGGCCUGUUCAUGACUCCUGCUGCAGUGUGGAGGUUAUUAGUAGAUGAUAGAGAGUGUUUGGCUUUAAUAGAGGUCUGGUUGAUGGGCAGUGUGGCUUUGUCUGGGUCAUUAUCAACGAGGAGAAUAGCAGAAGGUCAUUGUGUCUGCGCGCUGGCCUCCUCAGCCCUCUUACUGUAUAGAAAUGCUCUUAUUGACAUUCCUGAAGUCUUAAUAAACAAGAGGACACAUA